UAAAAACUUUUUUUUUUUUUACCGCCGAAUCGUCUGCAUCAGAAAAUCAAAUUCCGGAUUUCCUUAUGCGGCAAUUACGAUUUCAUCAGUCUUUGAAGAGGAAAAUCUACCGAAUAGGAAUGGGGAAGAAGUAAUUGCAAGGUACGCAGUUGUUCACCGGUGAAAACUUGUUAGGGUUUUUCAAAAAUUAGACGCGAAGAAGGAGAUAUAAUCAAAGGAACGAUGAGUGGUGAAAAUAAUCCAAGAAAAUCAUCGAAGGAUGCAUGUGAUGCAUCAGUUGCAUCUCCUGCGAAGAAAAAUGUUACGUGCACGCCAUCUACAAGUCAGGCAUGUUCAACAAAGGAAGUAGUAGCUGGAGAACAAGAAACAGGUGAUUUAAAAGAAAUUCCGAGUCUUUCUACACUUGCAUCUUUCUACGAUAGAAUACAAAUGCUAAAUGUUCCACAGAAGGCUGCGAUAAGGGAGAUGGGUUUCGGUAAAAUACUAGACUUAGGGAUUAGGGAGAUACCCGGGAAAUUGGCCUAUUGGACUCUUGACCGAUUCAACUCCAGAAGCUGCGCGAUGGAAUUGAAUGACGGACUGAAACUUGAAAUAACUGAAGACGAUGUGUACAGAGUGUUUGGGUUCCCGAAGGGAGAGAAAAAGAUAGAUAUUUUUGAGCGAAGAGCAACAAAUGAUCUAUUCAAGCAGUGGCUAGAUUGCUUUGGGUGCUUGAGUAGGGAGAAAAUAACGUUAACAAACAUAUUGGAUGAAAUGAUUGCUACUGCUCAUGGCGGCACUUGGUUUAGGCGUCAUUUUUUGAUAGCAAUGGCCUUUGCACUCAUAGAGAGCACUACAAGCGGCAACAUUCUUCCGUUUAUUCUGAAUCGUCUCCACGACGUGAACAAGGUUCGUGAGUGGAAUUGGGGAGAAUUUGUGAUUAGAUGCUUAAUUGACCACAAGCGGUCUUGGUCAGUAGAUAAGUCAAAGGUCUUCAAGGGCCCUGCGUUAUUCCUUGUUCUCUUUUAUGUUGAUCGUGUCGAGAUCAACCGAUGCAUGGAGGUGAGAUCGUUCCCAGUGAUUGGGAACUGGACCACGAGCACACUGAGGGAAAGGCAGAGAAGGGAGUUAGUGGAUGGGUAUUUUGGGGGAGGUGCAUUACGCGUCCCAGUUAAGCUACCGGAAGAAUACGUGGAUGAUCAUCAUGAUGAACAGUUGAGCCUACCAUUGCGGAUUAUGCAGAAAGCUGUUAUCAUAGCUGCAGGUAUUGAAAAGUUGAAGAGACUGGUACGUAGUGCAUCUGAAGAGGAAAGACAGGAUCAAAAGUUCAAGGAUAGUGUUUUAGCGGCAUCGAAAAUGUUGGGAAUAAACAUUGAUGUUAGUUCAAAUGGAGCAAACAUAGAUAAUGCAUCUGCAGAAGCCGGUCCUUCUAGAAAAAAGAUCAAGACUGAUGUGGAUUCUAUUGCCGAAGGCUUCACCCCACAUGAUACAAGCGUUAUGCAGAGAGAGAAGGAAGAGGCGCUGAAAAAAGUUGUUGAGUUAGAAAGAAAUUUGGAUGAGAAGCAGAAGCUUGAAAUGGAAAUUAAAGAACUCCAACUUUCCUUGGAGGUAAAUCAGAUGAAUUUGGGUGAUCUAGAAGAUAUAAACCAGCUAUUAUUUUCUAAAGAGCGCCAAAGCAACGACGAGCUGCAUGAGGCUCGCAAGGAACUAAUUGCGGGUUUAACUGAUAUGCUGAGCAGCAGCCGUGUUAAUAUAGGGAUAAAAAGAAUGGGUGAACUCGACGUGAAAGUGUUCAAGAAUGCAUGCAGGCAACGAUACCCUCCCGAAGAAGCAGAGAUGAAGGCUGCUGAACUUUGCUCCUUGUGGGUAGAAAAGUUAAAAGAUCCUGAAUGGUACCCAUUCCGAGUUGUCGAGGAUAGCAAGGGGAAUGCUCAGCUCGUGCUGAAAGAGGAUGACGAAUUGCUGGUAAACCUUAAAGAAGAAUGGGGAGACGAAAUCUAUGAUGCCGUUGCUACAGCCUCGAAGGAAAUCCAAGAAUACAACCCGAGUGGUUGCUACGUGGUUCCGGAGCUGUGGAGCUUCAAAGAAAACAGGAAGGCCACCCUAAAGGAAGUCAUUGCAUACGUUUUCAAUCAAGUGAAGACGCUCAAGCGCAAGAGAAAUUAACAAGAUCUCAGUUAGUGAUGAUUUGAAUAGAACAGCCCAUUUGCAACUGGGAAACAAAGAAGCUGUUUCAGAUGUCAUGUUGUUGCACCAGCAUAAUUUUGCAAUUGUUUUGGGUGUCGAUGCAAGUUACAUAGUUUCUAUUUAUUCGUUAUGCUCUUUUCAUAUUUCAAAAGUGGUAACCUCAUUCCAUAAUGACUUGAGUAAUUAU